AUGCAAGACAUCACCAACGUGAACCAGACAAGCGCGACUCCCAACAUUAUAGACGAUUACAAGCCAAUGAAACCAAAGUUCAAAUUCCGAAAUAUGGACAAGCCGAUAACAAAGACGUUUGCCGAUAGCAAGAAAGAGAACAAAAAUCCCUUGCAGCACAUCCUAGACGCUAGCAGAGCCAAGUUGAAAGAGGUCAAGAUCCAAUUGCCUGGCGUCGCGAGCGAAGACGCUACACCCCCCUCGAUUGCUCCGCAAUCGACCUCGACGCCUCCGCGUGGAACCAACGCUAGAAAAGCAGUGCAUAUUUUUGAAGACAAAGCACCGCUGCAUGUGUCCCCCACGGCGAAUAAACGAACGGCGUCGGAUGACGCAGGGGCUAUGUUGCCGAAUAAGGUUCAGUCGACGCCAAAACUGAAGGAGAAGAAGGCGAUGUUGUUGAGACUGAAACUGCCACAGCGGAAACAAGAAGAAAAAGAAAAUGAAAAAGAUGAUGCAGGUGUCAAAGGGGAAGAGGAGCAAGAGGAUGAGUUGGCUUGUCAUGCUAACCAUAUACUUCGUAUGGCUAUCGACUCCACCAUGUUUGGUUCAUUCAACUCGACCACGUUGCCUCACUUGACUACUGUGAAUAAUAGCGAGUUUAACGACGACGAUACUGAAGACGAGGAUAGCAUAACUGGGGAGAGAAAAAGGGGCAGGAGCCGGUUAAUCAGCAAAGCCCCAGUUGAGAUCAACGAGGACGAUUUGCGGGCUGCAAUUGGGGAAUAA